ACACUUCAAUGUGAAAGGGUUUUAUUCAACACAUGAAAUGUCAAAUUAUCGACAUUAAAUACCAUACAAAGCCUUUUUUUUUACGGUUAAUUCACCUUUUCAAGGCGAUUGAUAACGUUCACAUCGUUGACCUGCACCUUACAUACAGGGCAUUUAAUCAUUCCGGGAGUAAGACUUGAUAGGAUUUGAGUCUCGACAGAAGGGGAAAUGGGAACAACUGAAGACAAAGCAAUCUCUCUUCUCAAGAUCACAUCGUGCGCAGGUCAAAUUGCCAGUUGUGAACUUCAGCUGCGUUUCUGGUUCUUGGACUGCGUCCCCGGGAAACGUUGCCCAUGGAAACGGUUGAGGCAGACCUAUGAAAGACUGGGUAAAGUUUUAAUUCAAAAAAAUGUAGGUGCAGGGAAAACAGCGUGUGGCAAAGGAGGGUGCAAACUUACCUUGAUUGUCAGGUGCCUGUUGAGCAGCCUGGUUUUGGUGUUGUACUCCAGUGGGUUGAAGUUAAGCUGCACUGGCCGCAGCAGCAGCUGCGGCUGCCGCGGAGUUAUUGAAGCCUGCACAAGGCACACUGCUUGUUAAUGGUCUGUCCACAGACAAGUGGCCGGACAUGGACCGAUGCGUGUAUUGCUGCGCCAAGGCGACCGUGUCAUGCAGCCGUUGUGGAGACGAGUUUUACUGCAGCGAGAAGCACCUUGUGCAGCACAGGCUAGUGCACAGCAGAGCGUGCGUCCGCCGAAAGCAAGAGGUUUCUCAGAUCGAGUGCCAGGAUCAAGCUGAAACCGUCACAACAUGUCAAAACUCGCUGCCUCUCUUGCCCGAGCUGGUCCUUCAUCGCAUUUGCCACAGGCUGGGGCCAGCGGAUCUGGUCCGCCUGGGCUGGGUGUGCCGCUCGCUGCGCGCUGUGAGCCGGAGCUCGCGCGCCUGGACUAAAGUCGAGUUUUCGGGCAUCGAGGAGCCGAGGACCGCCAAGAACACGGAGCAGGCUGUGGAGGGCCUGAACGAGAACGGAGUGCUACGCAUUGCGCCCGCCCUGCACACCCUCACGUUGUCGUUAGACACGUGGCCGGCUGUCAGCCUCCUGCGCUGCACGAAGAAUGUCAAGGUGUUAAAUCUCGUGUGGCAAGAAAAACCACUUGAGGAAUGUGAUAAAAGCAGACUGUACCACACCCUAGACCACUACAGCGACCACCUGAUAAGGGUGGCGGUGUGGGUGGAAUGCCUGCCAGACGUGGAGACCCUCCGCUUCUUCGAUGGUAUCAAGAGGAUCCAAGAGCUUUACAUAGGAAACCAGCUGGUGAAAGUUUACCCAGGCAGUCAAACAGGGCCUGUGAGUUACCUGAGUCUGGGCAAGUGGGUGAGCGGCGAUGUUGCGGGCGACCUCAUCCAAGCGUGCAGAGAGACGUUGACAUCUUUUUCUGUGACCGCGUCAACCUGGGACCACUGGUCGUUCGAAAGCCCCACGUUCGAUGUGGGCAGUGAGCUGGCGCUGUGCGCAGGUCUGCAGGAGGUCAACUUGCCGCCAUGGCGCGACAUCGGGAUUCUGAAUUCGUUCCCACGUUUGCACACGCUGGGCAUCGACGUCCCUUAUUUCCGUUAUCAGCACCAGUCGUUCGAUCUGUUCUUUGAAACUUCACCGGUGGUCCGUCGUUUGAGAAAACUGACCCUUGGCAUGGACAGCUAUGCCCAUCGAGGUAUUAUGCAGGUGGUGGCCAACAAUUGCCCUGAGCUUCGCCAACUGGAACUUGACUGCCAUGGUAGCAGCAGCAGUCCUGUGAGUUUAUUGGCGCUGCCCCGCGACCUCCACACUAUUCUGGGCCGGCUGGGUGAGCUAACCAGGCUAAGGAUCGUCGAGGCGAGAGUGCCGUCCACCGUCUUCAAGGGCAUAGCGCAGGGAGCGCUGCCGAACCUCACCGACCUGAUACUCCAGGAAUGCUCGGCGACGGAGAAAGGCCUCUCUGCCAUGGCCCGGUUGAAAGUGGACCGCGAGGACCUGCAAGUGUGGGAGGCGAGACAAAACGUCAGCAAGGCCGUCUACAACAAGAACUGGGCGCCGGAGCGCUGUUCCUUCAGCAGCUGUCAAGACGCGUCUGACUGCGACGAUUCUACUUCCGAAGAAGAGGAAGUAGACGACGAUUUUGCUUAUGGGGUCAUUGAAAAGCUUAGAGAAAGAUAUGCAUUUUGAUAAUGUUCGAAAUUCGGAAAUGAUUUGGCAACCUACUAUUUAUACUGAUAUUGAAAAGAAAAACUUGAAUUCAAUAGUUAAUCUCAGAAGUUGAUUCUGAACUGACGACGUUAGCGAACUCUUGCCACGUAUGUAUUUUUGUAGGACACUAUGUAUAUUUCAUAAUAAAUGUAGUUCCGAAAGGAAAGUGGAAAAAAUAAACAAAAUAAAACGCUA